AGGCACACAAAAAAAAAAUACACACACACAAGUCAUGGGAAACUUGAGAAUUGUUAUGUUGCCAUACUUAGCUUAUGGUCACAUCACUCCUUUUUUUGAACUAGCCAAGAAACUCUCAGAUAGAGGGUUCUCCAUUGAUAUAUGUUCCACUCCCAUUAAUCUUAGCUUCAUCAAGGAAAAAAUCUCAGAGAAAUACUCUUCCUCAAUUCAUCUUGUGGAACUUCACUUACCAAACUUACCUGAACUUCCUCCUCAUCACCACACAACCAAUGGCCUUCCAAAACAUCUUAAACAAACUCUCUUUAAAGCACUUAAAAUGACCAAACCACAAUUUCACCAAAUCUUGAGUGAUAAAAAACCUGAUUUUUUGAUAUAUGACAUUAUGUUACUAUGGUCAGCUAGAGUUGCAUCUACUCUCAACAUUCCAUCAUUAAAAUUCUACACUGUAAAUGCAGCUAUUUUUUGUUAUUUUUCCCAUUUUUAUCGCAAACCAGGAGAGGAAUUUCCUUUCCCAGCUCUGUAUAUGAGGGAUUAUGAGAACGAACAAAUGACACAUGAUGUUGCAGAUGACGCGGAGGUAGAAAUUGACAAGGACAAUCUCACUGAAUUCGACAUGUUUGUGCUUGUUGAUAGUUCUAGAUCAAUAGAUGGGAAGUACACAGAUUAUCUUUGGGAAACAGGACAAGCAAAAGUUGUACCUAUUGGAACACGAUUUCAUCAAGAUCAUGUUGGUAACCUUGAUAAUAAUGGAGAUGAUAUGGAUCUCAUCAAAUGGCUUGACAUGAAAACAGAGCAUUCAACUGUUUAUGUCUCUUUUGGGAGUGAGUAUUUCUUAACCAAAGAAGAAAUGGAAGAGAUAGCUUAUGGACUAGAGCUUAGCAAUGUUGAUUUCAUAUGGGUUGUUAGGUUUCAAAAAGGAGAACAAGUGGCACUUCCUCAAGGUUUUGUAGAAAGAAUUGGAGACAGAGGAAGGAUAGUUGAAGGAUGGGCUCCACAACAGAGAAUUUUGAACCAUCCAAGUAUUGGCGGAUUUGUAACUCAUUGUGGUUGGAAUUCUUCACUAGAGAGCAUAGAGUUUGGUGUUCCAAUCAUAGGUAUCCCUAUGCUUUAUGAUCAGCCUCUUAAUGCUAGAUUGCUGGUGGAAAUUGGAGUAGCUAUUGAGGUCCCAAGAGAUGGGAAUGGGAAUCUUGAUAGAGUUAAUAUAACUGAGAAUAUUAAACGUGUCAUUAGUGACGAGAAUUUGAGAAAGAAUAUGUGUAAUCUUGGUGAGAAUGUGAGAUCGCGAAGAGAGGAAGAGAUGGAUGGAGUUGUUGAGGUUAUACAACUGCUGCGCGACGAGAAGAAUGCUGCCUUAAUGAACAAAUGACGAAGACUUCAUAUUUGUGUGUCUCUUGUCUUGUUAUUUUCACUCCCUUUCUUAUGUGUUUGCCAACUAUUUUUACUUCUUGUGUAUCACUGGCAAUGUAUCUCAAUAAAGGCACUUUCAUUUG